AUGAAUAUUAAAGACCAAUAUUUAGAUACGACUAGCAUUAGCAGUUUACGAUCGGGAGUUAGACCAACAAAGAGUCAAACCAGUUUUAAUAUUCAAUCAAGGGCACAACCUUCUCUCUCGAUCAAUCUAGAUAAUACUAUAGUACAGACUAUUAUUCCACCUGUAAACAAUUCUUUGAGUGGCGAUAUUGAAGAUAAUAGCUUAUUACAUAGCCAUCCAAGAUUACGAUCAAUGCAAUCAAUAUCUUCUAUAGCAAGUCGAAGGACCACUCGACCUAACACAUCUUCAGACCAACUUAGUGUCAACACAUCCUUCAAUCCCAUAAUUGAACAGAGUUUCACGUAUUGUAAUAAUAAUAAUAAUAAUAUCGACGAUCCUUCUACUAUUCGAACACAGGAUGCUGCAUUUGGUGAGGAAAUCAGAAAAGAUUUGAUAGAUAGAUUAGCCCAAAGUAUUUAUUCAUAUCCAACAUCGUUGGCGGGUAAUACUAACGAAUUUAAACCUGUUGUAAGUAAUGAAAUUCCAGAUGUUUUCAUUAAUGAUAAUCAAAUUGGUUCAACAUUCCAAUCUCAUGCUAAGAAUUUUUUCAUUUUAACUUCAGCUGGGAAACCAAUAUUUUCAAUGUUUGGAGAAGAUAAAGAAAUUAUUCCAUACAUGGGUAUCAUUAAUACAGUGGUAAGUUAUUUUCAAAUUAAUGAAUCAACAAAUAUAAAAACAAUAAAAUUGAAUAAAACGAAACAAACGUUUGCAUUUACCAGUAAAGCACCUAUAAUAUUAAUGGCCUAUUCUCGAAGAGGGGAAACUACAAAUGAAUUAAUGACCCAAUUAGAUCUAUUGUAUUCAUAUUUAAUUUCAUCAAUUAAUGAACGUCAAUUGAAACGAUUAUUUCAUAAUCGAUCAAAUUUUGAUUUAAGAAAUUUUCUUGAAGUGACAGACUUCGAUAAUUUAAGACAAAUAUGUUCUUUAUUAUCAAAUAAAUUAUACCCAGAUUUUGGAUUAAAUGCCUUACAAUGUUUUGUGAUGAGAAAAAAUGAAAGAGCAAGAAUUCAUGAUACAAUUCAUAAUUUAUUAAUUAAUGAAAAUAAAAAUAUACCAAGAGGAACAUUAUUAUAUGGCUUAAUUCUAUCAUAUAAGAGGAAAAUGUUCAAGUUAUGUGCAGUUAUUCGACCAAAGGGUCACUCAUUACAUACAAUUGAUCUUCAAUUAUUAUUUAGUUUAAUAACUCAUCAAUUUGAAAAUAGAGAUGGAGAUCAAGAAUUAUGGUUACCCAUAUGUUUCCCCAAAUUCAAUUCCAAUGGAUUUCUUUACAGUUAUAUUAAAUAUUUAUCCCGAUCCAACAGCAAUAACCUUGGUUCUUCAUCUUCAGAUAUAGAAGAUACUGUAUUGGUACUAAUUAGUGCACAGAAGGAUGCAUUUUAUAAAUUGAAGACAUUUGGUGAUAAAUUAUGGAAUAAAUUACAAUCUGAUAAAUUAAAUGAAUAUUUUAUUAAAGAUCGAUUUAAAUUUCGAAUAAGUGAUAUUCAAGCACCUUUAGUACAUCAUUUCAUGUAUAAGAUUAAAAAAUAUGUUCAAUAUGUGAUGCCAGAAAUCGAAAUUCAUAAUGAUGAUACAAAUAAAUUAAAUCGAUAUGAAAAUAAACUGAAAAAAUUUUAUGGACAUUUGUAUAACUCUGUAGUCGAUGAUAAUGGAUUGCCUAUCAACAAGACUAUAUUAAAUUAUUUACAUUGGGAAGAAGAAGAAGAAGAAGAAGUAGAAGAAGCAGAAGGUAAUGAAAUUGAGAAUGAUUUUCAGAGAGAGAAAAUUAAUAUGAUGGGAUUAAUUUGGAUAACGCCACAAUUUGAAUUAUAUUUGAUUUGUAAUAAUGGUGUGAAUAAUAAAGAAAUUGUUUUAAGAAGUGCUAAGAGAAUCAUUAGUUGGUGUAAAAAAUAUGAAUCUCGGUUAUUUAUACAGGAAGGUGCAACAUUUUAA